GGGAGGCCAACCCAUUCGGCGACCACUACUUUCUAGGCCACAGGAGCGGCCAGCUAAGUAUGAGACACAACAGCAUGCGCAACCUUUUCUGCCGCAUCCUGGCUGAGGCGGAUGUCGCUGCACACAUGGAGGUCUACCUCCAGAAUCUCGACGUCACCCCACCAGACAACGACCCCAACAGCCAGCGUAUAGACAUCUACUGGGUAGUCGAAGGCCAGGGAUCCGUUCUGGACUUCACCAUCACCCACCCCUGCCCACCGGACGCCUCCCCCAUCCGCUCUCACAGAGACGUGAACCGGCGCAAUGCUCAGCUUUCGGGUGGGAAGGCAGCCGCCCUUGCCGAGAAAGCCAAGACCGACAAGUACGGCCCCACUGUCCAAGCCAGAGGCUUCCGUUCUGUCGUCCUUGCCGCAGAUACAUUCAGCCGCUGGGCGCCCGCGGUGCUUGCCUUCCUCAAGACGCUCGCCAACAGGAGACCACGCACUUCGGCCAUCCCAGCAUCCGAAGAUGUAUCCUUCCGAGAUAGGGUCAUCAAUCAUUGGAGCCAGCUCCUGUCCAUGGAGCUGAUGAAGUACAGUGCAUUCCGGGUGGCCAACCGCGCGCAAAGGGCCGCAGCCGCGAGGGGACCUGCAAGGGCCAGUGCCUUUGCGGAGGACUUCAUCAGCCGAGGCCCUUACAGGCCUCACACGAGGCCCCUCUUUCGUGCAUGA